CAUGAACUACACUAUCAAUCUCCAGCCAUGGACCUUAAGCUUGUGUCAUCGCUAUGGGCACUGCUCCUCCUCAUCGUCAAUCCCGCCCUCAGCGUGACUGUCGGGCGCGCCGGCCAUGGCUUCAUCGGGUAUGGCAUCAACAUGUACAAGCCCACCUGUCCCUACGCCUGCAAAGCAACAAUUAGCAACCCGCUAAACUGCACGAUGGAUAUGACCGAUGAGCAUAUGCACAUGAAGCGUCACGGCCACUCGCACGAAGAGGUCGACCUUCCGAAGGGAGACGGAUGGAUGGUGACCUCGUCCCCCGACGCAGAGUGCUACGCGAACAACGACGCCUUCCUGCAGACGCUGGCAUACUGCAUGGUCACCCAAUGCACGGAUGUGGCCAACUCGACACUGCAGAAGUUCUGGGAGAUGGACGUUGUGGGCCGGAUCCCCGGCCAGCCACUCCCCAAGAUGAGCUAUCAGGAUGCCUUUCAUGCCGCCACCCACGCUGUUAAUGGCACUCCGCCGGUGAUUGCCAACUCCUCUGUCAUUCUCUAUUCUGUGGGUACAAUACCGGAUGAGGCAUACCAGACCGAGUAUCGGACACUCUUGGUCUUUGAGCGGCUGGAAACCACGCAUGUGAGAUAUGGCCUCGUCCUCCUCCUCACCGGUGCGAUUUUCCCCAUCGCAUUCUCCCUGCUGCGCUUCCUCCCCUUUCGAGAAGAAUGGAUUACCCGUUUCGAAGCCAAGUUCGUCACUCCUCCCACGAUCGGGGCCCGGCACAACGUCCCCUUCUUUUGGCACACGACCAUGAUGCCCACCCGCGGGCAAGCCUUCUUCAUCGCAUACAUCAUCAUCAUCAAUGUCGUCCUCUGCUCCGUGGGGAUUGAGUCCGCCCGCGAAAGCACAUGGUACAAGGAUCGCCCACGCGAGAUCGUCUCGUACGUGAGUAACCGCGCGGGAUUUCUCAGCUUCGCAAAUCUCCCGCUCCUCGUCCUCUACUCGAGCCGGAAUAACCUCCUGCUAUGGGUGACAAACUGGUCGCAUAGUACAUUCCUCCUUCUGCACCGGUGGAUCGCAGUCAUCGCGGUCAUCGAGGCCUGUCUGCACUCGGCCAUCUACCUCCAGAUCUACGACGUCGACGGAGCCCACGCAGCCGAGUCUCAACUUCCCUACUGGUUCUGGGGUAUCAUCGCCACCCUCGCCAUGGUCGUCAUGGUGCCCGCCUCGGUCCUCCCCAUCCGCCAGCAAUUCUACGAACUCUUCCUCGCUUGGCACGUCUUCUUCUUCCUCCUCGCCAUGGUGGGCUGCAUCUUGCACAUCUGGUAUCGGUAUGCGUGGCAGUGGGGGUAUGAGAACUGGAUCUACAUGGCGCUUGCAAUCUGGGGGUUCGAUCGGAUCCUCCGAGUUCUACGACUCGCGCGCCAUGGUUCUCGCUUUGCAAAGGUGACGGUUGUUGAUGAGGAUUAUGUUAAGAUCGAGGUCCGCGACGUCAAGGCCGAGGGGCAUGUCUAUCUUUAUUUUCCCACGCUCACCUGGAGAAUUUGGGAGAACCACCCGUUCUCUGUUUUGGCUGACACGAUGGUGUGUCGCGCGGAUCCGUCCAAGGGUACACACUCCGGCUCAUCGAGUUCGUCCCCUUCGCUGGAGGACAAGGAGGCGAAUACCGUCAAGAACCCCACAACCAACAUCGUCGCAAUCGACGAUAUGAAAAUCACACCGACCUCCACCGCCCCAUCUCUAUCACCGACCUCCCACACCGACCGCCACCGCCAUGACGGGCUGACAUUGUACCUGCGCACCCACGAAGGUAUAACAUCAUACCUCCGCGGCCCGACCACCCUCCCCGUCUACGUCGAAGCAGGCUACUACCCGCGAUCCAUCCUCGGCGUCGAGCCCGCGCACGCAUCAAACAUCCUCGCCUUCGCUGGUGGCGUCGGCGUCACAGCGGUAACCUCAACACUACUCCAGCACAGAGGGUACCACAAACUCUUCUGGGGCUCGCGCAGCGACGCACUGAUAAAAUCCGUUCGGGAGUCUCUGGGCCACGAGGAAUAUGCCCGCUUGAAUCCAGUUCUCUUUACCGGGCAACGGAUGCAUAUCCCGAGUAUCCUCGAGGACGAGGCCGCGCACGCUUCUGGUGUGCCUAUCACGGUUGUUGUUAGUGGGCCGGCGGAGAUGGCAGAUGAAGUGAGGAGGGAGGUGGCGAGGGUUGUUAGGGAGCGUGGGGCUGUUAUGACGUUUGUUGAGGAGUCGUUUAGUUGGUAAAUUUUCAUACUGGUAGAGUAACUGGUUGAGUAUAUAAUGAAGCAUGUUUAUUGAGGUGAUAGGAAGUUAAUAG